GAUUUCUUGAAAUUCAGUCAUUUCGCUUUUCUCUCUGGACUAUUUCGCGUGUUGCUCGAGGUUCCCAAUUACUUGAAGAAAAUAUAUUCUCAAAAGCGAAGAAGAAGUCGUUCACUAUUUCAGCACGAAUGCCAAGAACCAGGUUGAGAAGCACAUUGGUGAUCGAGGUAACGUUGAUCCUCGAUAAACUUACGAAUGGAGCGUACAAUUUGGUUUUCUGGCAAUUGCGACGAACGAAACGCUACGAUAUUCUGUCGACGAAAGUAAUCAAACUUUUGUGUAUCAUUGUUCAACGAACCUGUAAACCACACUAUUUUACCGAUCAGGCCCACCAAGCCACCAUUAAAAAAAAAACGUAAGCUGACCACGAUACGAAAUUGCAUCGUAAAUAUAUGGAUGCAUAAUUUUGAAUAAUGAAGAAGUUGCGAUAGGGGCUGCACGUUCUCGAAUGAUUAUAUACAACUCGGGUACAUUGGUGAGCUCAUAUCGUUCUCAGCUUUCAUUCGAGAUUCAACGUCAUCAUGAAGUGGUUACGGUAUUCUGUAGUCAGACUUGCACUUCUGGCGUAUUCUUUUUCUUAUGUCAACACGGCUACGAGGGAGCAACUAGGGUCGAUUUUCCUCCGUCUCUACAAUGGAAGGAAUACGGAAGAUUAUGUCGAUGCGGAUAUUCACGAAGCAGAAACGCUCACACUCGAUUUAAAUGUUGACAAACCGAUGGUUGUUUAUGUUCAUGGUUUUACGGAAAGCGUAAACAGCACCAGCGUUCAAACCAUUGUCGAAGCAUAUCUCAAUCGUUCGGACCACAACAUAUUGGUGGUCGAUUGGAAUAUCAUAGCUCGGGAAAAUUACAUCCAGGUUGCUACAAACGUCGAAUCGGUUGGAACCACAGUCGCAAAGGCCUUAAAUGAUAUCGUUCAUGGAGGCUUUCCUGCUAAAAAUAUUCACGUUGUUGGUCACUCGAUGGGUGCUCAUGUUUCAGCGUACGUCGGACGAAAUGUUGAUUUUCCACUUCAACGUAUCACGGGUCUAGAUCCUGCGGGUCCGCUUUUCAACUUUAUCGGUCGCCAUCUCUCUUACGCGGAUGCACAAUUCGUCGAUAUAAUCCACACUGAUGCAGGUUUUUAUGGCAUAACUCGCAUAACGGGUACUGUAGAUUUUUUCCCGAACAAAGGACGGAGAAUUCAGCCCGGUUGUCCGACUGCAUUCACGCCUUACAGCGAAGAAGAUUUUUGCAGCCACCAUCGAUCUUGGAUUUUCUAUUCCGAAUCCUUGAUAAGCGAAAAAGCUUUUCUGGCAGUUAAGUGUUCGAACCUCAUGAGGAAAAGACGUAGCUCCCCAGCUCUCGUCAUGGGAUAUGCUGUUCCGAAAGAUGCAAAAGGAUCGUACUGCCUCGUUACCAGUCCCUCGGCACCCUAUGGCUUGGGGGAGGCGGGUGCCCGGGAGACUUAUCUGUGAAAAUUCCUUCCUGGAAAAAGAGCCAGUGGAAAGGGAAACCUACAUCCACGUUCCGUAAGAAGGGCUUAUGGGAAUUUGAGAUAAAACAUCCCUAUUUUUGGCUUCUUAGAACGCGAAUUUUUCACGUAGUCAAGAUAUUCUUGCCUGGGCAUUUUUUGGGAGUUGAUUGAACAAAAAAAAUAACAAAAGUAACUCUAGAACCGAAUAAAUGUAUGUUUAGAAAUAA